AUGCAGACUGCUUCUACAAACAUUUGUGAAAGAAUGGGUCGCUCUCAGGAGCUCAGUGAAUUCAAGCGUGGUACCGUGAUAGGCUGCCACCUGUGCAAUAAGUCCAUCCGUGACAUUUCCGUGCUACUAAAUAUUCCACGGUCAACUGUUAGUGGUAUUAUAAUAAAGUGGAACAACUGGAAACAACAGCAGCUCAGCCACCAAGUGGUAGGCCAUGUAACAUGACAGAGCGGGGACAGCGCAUGCUGAAGCACACAGUGUGCAGAAGUCGCCAACUGUCUGCAGAGUUAAUAGCUAAAGACCUCCAAACUUCAUGUGGCCUUCAGAUUAGCACAACAACAGUACAUAGAGAGCUUCAUGGAAUGGGUUUCCAUGGCCGAGCAGCUGCAUCCAAGUCU